UGUUGCCAAUAAAUGAAAAAACAAUAAGAGAAUUGCAACAUAAUCCCAAAAAGGGGGCAUUCCGAGAAUCGAACUCGGGACCUCUCGCACCCGAAGCGAGAAUCAUACCACUAGACCAAAUGCCCGACUCCUUGUUAGUGUUUGCUUAAACAAGAGGAUAACUAUUGCAAGCUGGCAAUUAAUUUGACCGUUUGACUUCUUCUCCACCGCCUUGAAUUAUUCUGCCAUCCGCAAUUCACUGCAAUCCACAUAAGUAAUUAAUUAAUCCUAUCUCCUCUCUCCUCCACUCCAUGCCAUGCUUCUGUUUAUACCCCCAUUCCAUUCACAGGGAAUUAAGAUGAUCAAGCUGAGGUCCCCGUCCAGAUAGAGGAGACGAAGAGAACAACCAGCUAGCCAGCGGCGGUUGGAUCUGUUGUCUUCUUGCUCUCUCAGCCUCAGCCCAUUCAUCGAUUCAAUCUUGAGGCAGAGUUUGGAGGCAAUUGCUUGAUUGAUAAUGGCCUUUGCGGGAACAACCCAGAAGUGCACAGCCUGUGACAAGACUGUUUAUCUCGUGGAUCGCCUUGCUGCCAAUAACCGCAUUUACCACAAGGCCUGCUUCAGAUGCCACCACUGCAAUGGCACUCUCAAGCUCAGCAAUUUCAACUCUUUCGAGGGCGUUCUCUACUGCAGGCCUCACUUUGAUCAACUCUUCAAGAGAACAGGCAGCCUGGAGAAGAGUUUCGAAGGAACCCCAAAAGCUGCCAAACUAGAGAAACCAAGUACUGCAAAUAAGGUCUCAAAUAUGUUUGCUGGUACCAGGGAGAAGUGUGUGGAAUGCAAUGUCACUGUUUAUCCGAUUGAGAGGGUCACUGUCAAUGGGACUCCAUACCACAGAAGCUGCUUCAAAUGCACGCACGGAGGCUGCACCAUAAGCCCAUCCAACUAUAUUGCCCAUGAAGGAAGGCUCUACUGCAAGCAUCACCACACCCAACUCUUCAAAGAGAAAGGGAACUACAGCCAGCUAGAAAAUGACUUUGGAUCAGAGGGGACUGUUCCCCUUGCUUCCACUGAAAUUGCUGCUAAAUCAUAACCCACUGGAGAUGACCAAAUUGUGCCCACUUUUUGCCCCUCUUUUCAUUUUACACACAACCUCGACAUGUUUGCAAUGUUAGAAGAAAUGUCCCUUCCCUUCCAGGGAUCAUGAGUUUUUGGUGUGUUUGGGCUCUUGAUUAUGCAGGAACUUGUGAUUGACAUGUGUUGUUGUGGACUUGUUCUAGA